AUGAACCCCAAUAUCACCUACGCCAGUCGCAAGCGGCGGAAACCCGUGCAGAAAAUAGUAAAGCCAUCCCCAUCUGAAGGAGCCAAGUCCAAUCCAUCCAAGAGACACAGAGACAGAUUGAAUGCAGAGUUAGAUCGCUUGGCUAGCCUCUUGCCUUUCCCACAAGAUGUUAUCGCCAAACUGGAUAAACUGUCUGUGCUUAGGCUUAGCGUGAGUUACCUGAGAGCCAAAAGCUUCUUUGAUGUUGCAUUAAAAUCUUCCAACUGUACCAGACCUGAGAUAAAUGGCAUUCAGGACAGCUGCAGAAUAACUAAGCCUGGAGAAGGCAUACAUCUACUAGAAGGAGAACUUUUAUUACAGGCAUUAAAUGGCUUUGUGCUGGUUGUUACAGCAGAUGCUCUAGUCUUUUAUGCCUCUUCAACCAUCCAGGACUAUCUGGGGUUCCAGCAAUCUGAUAUUAUACACCAGAGUGUAUUUGAAUUGAUUCAUACAGAAGACAGACCUGAGUUUCAGCGUCAGCUUCAUUGGGCGUUAAACCCUGCACAACCGACAGAUUCUGCACAGAGAAAACAAGGAGAUAAUGCUUUUUCACAGCCAGCAGCCUAUUAUAAGCCAGAACAGCUUCCUCCAGAGAAUUCUUCCUUUAUGGAAAGAAAUUUUGUCUGCAGAUUACGGUGCCUUCUGGAUAAUUCAUCUGGGUUCUUGGCCAUGAAUUUUCAAGGGCGAUUAAAGUUUCUUCAUGGACAGAACAAGAAAGGGAAGGAUGGCUCUCCUGUCUCUCCUCAGCUGGCUUUAUUUGCAGUGGCUACCCCACUGCAGCCUCCAUCCAUCCUUGAGAUACGAACCAAAAACUUCAUUUUCAGAACCAAACACAAACUGGACUUCACACCUAUAGGCUGUGAUGCAAAAGGAAAAAUUGUGCUGGGAUACACUGAAGAAGAGCUGUGUAUGAGAGGAACAGGAUAUCAAUUUGUUCAUGCAGCUGAUAUGCUUUAUUGUGCUGAGAAUCAUAUCCGAAUGAUAAAAACUGGAGAGAGUGGCAUGACUGUGUUUAGACUUCUUACCAAAGAAAAGCGAUGGGCCUGGGUUCAAGCAAAUGCACGCCUGAUCUACAAAAACGGAAGACCUGAUUAUGUCAUUGCAACACAGAGACCUCUUACAGAAGAAGAAGGGUCAGAGCAUUUACGGAAGCGAAACAUGACAGUUCCUUUUAUGUUUGCAACUGGUGAGGCUGUGUUGUAUGAGUUAAACUUCCCUUUGCCUAGCCUAAUGGAUCCCUUGCAGACAAAGGUUAAAAGCCCCCUUGGGACAGGACCUGCUGCCAAAGCUACACUACAUAAAGAAUAUCCAAACUCAAUUCUUGAUGCCAUGUUAAGGCAAGAUGAGUCUGUAUAUCUCUGUCCUCCUGCUUCAGAUAAACUUUCUUUCGAGAGAAACUUCUUUACGGACACCAGCGAUGAAUUGGGCAAUGUUCUUAGCAGUGACUGGCAGGAUAAUCUUUUACCAACCGGAAAUAACAACAUCUUGAAACAGGAGCAAACCAACUGUCCCCAGGAAAGUAACUUAAUGCUUACUGAAGACAGCACAGGGCUCUUUCAAGAUAAUAAAAAUAGUGACUUGUACAACAUCAUGAGAAGUCUGGGUAUUGACUUUGAAGAUAUAAAAUGUAUUCAGCAGGAUGAGGAGUUUUUUAAAACUGCAUUUUCUUGUGUGGAUGAUAUUGGAGACAUCGACAUAACUGAUGAAAUCCUGACCUAUGUUCAGGAUUCCCUAAAUAAUAAGCCUGACUUCUUGUAUUCAGGUUGCCAUCAGCAACAGACAACGUUUCAGAACUCUAGCUGUUUGGUACAGCAACAUUUGGAUAAGCAGCAACUUAAUCAGCACCAAAACCAAGUGGCUGAGCAGCAUCAACAGCAGUUAUGUCAGAAGAUGAAGCAUAUGCAAGUUGAUGGGAUGUUCACAAAUUGGAACUCUGGUAGUCGUGUGCCUUUUAGCUGUUCACAGCAACAGCCAGUGCAGUAUGUUUUUUCUGACAUGCCUGGCACUACUCAAGAGUUCGCUUACAAAUCAGAAGUCAACCCUGCACCUCAUGCAUGUAGGCAGGAGUUUAUGCCUUAUAAACAGCCCACAACCCUGGUGCCACAGCUCUCUAAUUUUACCCAAAUAGAUUUCCCAAUAGGAUGUUUUGACAGAUCAAACUAUCCUGGUUCUUCAAGCUUGGAGGAUUUUCUCAGUUGUUCACAAGAAGUCCCCGAGAAUCAAGAGCAUGGAAUAAACGCUCAGCCAGUUAUGGUAACUUCUCAAACAUGCUAUGCAGGUGCUGUGUCUAUGUACCAGUGUGUUCCUGAAACUCAACCCAACUCUGUGGAUCAAAUGCAAUAUAAUUCUGUGAUGGAAGGUCAACAACUAUUGUUAAAUAAGUUCCAAAAUGGUUUCGGUGGAAUAAGCUUAAAUGAAGCAUAUCCCUCUCAGUUAGAUGUCAUCAGUAACACACAGUCUGCCACGCACCUUCAGCCUCUUCAUCAUCCGACAGAAUCCAGACCUUUCUCAGAUUUGGCAUCCAGUGGAUUUAUGUAA